AUGCCAGUCUACGCUAGAGCUAUUUUUGGCUCAUUCCCGACAGUCCAGCAAGUUCGAGUAGACCAUGGUGAGAAAUUCAUAACCGAUAUAGAAGAGCACCCGGAUCUUACGGUAAAGCGAGUUAAAGUUGUGCCAUUUGAUGAAUUUGAACUGGUCUCAAACAGUGGAGGCAGUCGAGUGGAGUAUGAGAAUCAGAAGCAGCCGGCUGAAAUCAUGAGACAAAUGCAAAUCCUUCGAGAAGAUGAGGAGCUGUGUGAUGUGGAAUUUAUUGUAGAAGGAUCUGUAAUUCGUGCUCAUCGAUAUAUAUUGGCAGCAGCAAGUCCCUAUUUCAAAGCAAUGUUUUCUAAUAGGAUGGUGGAAAUGAAAAAAGUUACGAUAGAGUUACAAGAUAUACCCAGAGAAUCUAUGGAAACAUUGAUAAACUACAUCUACACUGAUAAGAUUGCGAUAACUAUUACCAAUGUUCAUCAACUCAUAUUUACGGCUACAAUUUUUCAGAUGGACGUCAUUAUUGGAGCCUGUCAGGAAUAUCUCACAACAAAGAUCACUUCUAAUAACUGCCUCGCCCUUCAUAAUUUUGCUGAAACUUACAAUUGUACCACGCUGAUCUCCUCCACUGAUGAUUUUGCCGCAGACCAAUUUGAAUGCAUUCGUCGGAGUACUGGUUUCAAGUCAAUGUCUUUUCUUCAUUUGAAACGUCUUCUGAAUCGAUCAGAUCUAAACAUUCGCGAAGAAGAAUGCGUUUUUGAGUCCAUCACCCACUGGAUAGAGGCGGACCCAGCGGAUCGAUUACAAUACCUUCCUGAAUUAUUCGAAACAAUGAGACUUCAUUUGGUUGAGUGGAAUUAUUUAUGUGAUGUCAUAAAACCCCAUUGGUAUAUAAAGGAGAAUCGGGAGUGCAGGGAUAUCAUUUCGACCGCUUUGUUUGAUGCAAUGCAGUCUCAAACAUCCAGAAAACAAGCUCCCCAAAAAGACCAUAAUUAUGAGACCACCCAAGAAUAUUCAGCGUCAACUUUGUCGGAUUCUAUUCUGUCAUUGACCACAACGUUCCCUGUGCUGAACUCUCUCAGCCCUGCUCCAUCUAAAAUUCGAAAGUCAGUGGCUGGAAUAAUUUUCUGUGCUGGAGGCCGUGGUACAGCUGGUGGCCCUUUUAGUAGUGUGGAAGCCUACGAUUGGAGGAAGAAUCAAUGGUUCGCAGUGCCUGAUAUGAUGUCAAAAAGGCGACAUGUUGGAGUGGUGAGCGCCCAAGGCAAUCUGUAUGCAAUCGGAGGUCACGACGGAGAAUCUCAUCUGGCAACAGCAGAAGCAUUCCGGCCUUCCACAAAUCAAUGGAAGAGAAUAGCUUCUAUGAAAACUGCCAGAAGAGGGAUAGCAGUUGCUUCGAUUGGUUCGGCAAUUUUCGCAGUUGGAGGACUAGAUGAUCGAACAUGCUACAGGACAGUAGAACGAUAUGAUAUUGAUUCAGAUGAAUGGAGUGAAGUAGCAGAUAUGGAAUCACAAAGAGGAGGAGUCGGCGUGGCUGUUCUCGACAAACACUUGUUUGCGAUAGGAGGAAAUGAUGGAACAUCUUCAUUAGACACCUGUGAGAAAUACGACCCAUUAGUUGAUAAAUGGAAGUCGAUUGCCAAAAUGCAAUGUCGAAGAGCUGGAUCUGGAGUAUGCGUGCUAGAUGGUUACUUGUACGCAAUUGGUGGAUUUGACGACAAUGCUCCGCUAGCAACUUGUGAAAGAUAUGAUGCGGAUAUUGAUAAGUGGCAGGCUCUAGCGAAUAUGUCAAGUCCAAGAGGAGGAGUUGGUGUAGCUGCACUGGGAGGGAAGGUGUAUGCAAUUGGAGGGCAUGAUGGCUCCAGAUACCUGAACACCGUUGAAUGCUACGAUCCAACAACCAACUGUUGGCGUGCCGUCGCUGACAUUCAAGAGUGCCGAGCUGGUGCUGGUGUGGCUUGGGCCAAUGUCCGUGUACACCAAUUAGGACGAUCGCCCAGCCAUUGUGAUUCUGGGUGUGCACCGUCUGGAGGAGCUUACUGUGUUUGA